AUGGCAUGUCAUUUGUCUGUUAGCAAGACCACAGUUGGCUACAUUUUGACAGUGAGAAGCAAGAGGCAGCCCACAUAUGAUGGUAAGGUGGGAAUAUUUCCCUUCACUAAAGUUGUUCCAGCUCAAAGGAAAUCAAAUAACAGAGAUAGAGGGACCUUGGAAACAAAGCCAAUUAAAGCACUCACCAAGGUAGUAAUGAGGGACUGCAUUAUCCACAAGGCCAAGUGGCCUGAUUGGGCAAGUAAGGAGAUAUACAUACAGCAAGGCAAUCCUACACUACACAUAACUGCCAAAGAUCCAGAAUUUCUGGUUGUUGCCAACUCAGAUGGAUUUAAAAUCCAUCUGAUUUGUCAGCCACCAAAUUCACCUGACACUAACAUAUUAGACCUAGGAUUUUUUAGGGCUAUACAGUCACUACAGCAUGAGAAACCAUGCAGGGGUGUGGAUGAACUGGUGGAGAAUGUAUGUAAGGCUUAUGAAGAGCUGACACCACAAACCCUCAACAGAGUAUUCCUCUCCUUGCAGGCUUGCCUCACCCAGAUCCUAAAAUUCAAAGGGGACAACCACUACAAACUUCCACACAUGAAUAAAGAUAGGCUUGAAAGAACAGAUGGACUACCCAAUGUGCUAGAAGUGGAUGAAGGUAUUGUGAGAGAGGUGCUGGAGUACUUACAACAACCAGAGAACAAUGAUGGUUCAGGGUAUGAUAUUGAGGCUCUGAGUGAUGCAUUUGGCUUCUAG